AUGGCAACUAUACAAUCGCAAAACCAACAGACACCAAACCCACGUUUUGCGCAGUUCAAAUUAGUCCUCUUGGGUGAAAGUGCAGUUGGUAAAUCGUCAAUAGUCCAUAGGUUUGUUAAAAAUACAUUUGACGAUAUGAGAGAGUCGACAAUCGGUGCUGCCUUUUUAACUCAAUCGAUUACCAUUCCUGAGACGGAAACUACAGUUAAAUUUGAGAUUUGGGAUACAGCAGGGCAAGAGCGUUACAAAUCUCUUGCACCGAUGUACUACAGAAAUGCAAAUGCUGCACUCUGUGUAUAUGAUAUCACCAGUAGUAGUUCAUUUACAAAGGCUCAGGAUUGGAUCUCGGAAUUGAGAAAACAAGCACCUGAGGGGAUAGUGAUUGCCUUGGUGGGGAACAAAACGGAUUUAGAAGAAGAGCGAGAAGUAAAUCAGGAUGAAGUUGAAGAAUAUGUAACGGGAUUACUGAAUGGCGGUGCACCUGAAGCUAAAAUCAUCACAGCAGAGUGUUCUGCCAAAAGUGGAGAUGGAGUUAUCGAAAUCUUUGAUAAGAUUGCGAGAGCAUUACCGGUAGACGAAGUAAUUGAAGCCAACGCAAAUCGAAACCGACAAGGAGCAGGAAGAAACGCAAGACUGCGUGGAAUAGACUUGGAUAGGGGAAGACAAGGACAACAUGCACUGUCAAACAACAGCAGCUGUUGUUGA